GGCGGCGGCAGAGGCGGCGGCUGCAGCAGGUGGAACCGGCUCCGCGGCGAGCAGCUGCUGGCCUUGAGAUCGGCACUAGCGCCGCUCGGACCAGAGAAGGCCCGCUGGGCUGGAGCCCGUGGCACCCAGCACCCGGGUCCGAUCCCUAGUUUUGGGGAACUUGGGUGACCGAGGCCGGCGGGCCGAAGCCGCAGCGGGGGUCGGGCGCGCCUCGGGGCGCACAGCUGCGCUGGAAGCCGCGUUCCGAGCUCAGGUCCGGGGGGACCUGGCUCUUCCCGGCUACCUGAAGAGGAGCUCUCCCGGGAAGGAGCCGCUGCCGGCCCUGGGAUUGGAGAGGAGCUCGGCGUGCGCCCGGGCACCUUGCUGGACGCUGCCCGAUCGCGCCUCGGUUGCGCGGGAGGGUCCUGAGCGGCGCGCUAGCCUCCGCUCUUCCGCGUAGGAGCGGAGAGCAGGGGGCUCUUCCUGGGAUUCGGGGAGAGCGGAGCUGCUCGCUCCGUCCUCGGCGCAGCCCUCGCACCCCGCGCGGUGCUCGUCCGGAGAGGCUCGCUGGUUGGCACCAAUCUGCAGGAGUUCUCUGCUCGUCUGCUCUCUUCUGCGAUUUGGAGACGGUUCUCCCCAACGACGCUGGACGCAUCUUUCCCGUGUGCGCGCGCGGGCUGGCCCCGCAGGUCGCUGGAGCCUGUGGAAUCCUGCUUCUCUUCACUGACCCUCGAGUUUCGCCCCGCGUGGCGUGCCGCCUCCCAGACACUGGCCUCCAGGGGAGGGUGCAGGCGUGGCUCCUUUCUGCCCCCUGUGGAGGGGGCGCGGUCCUUGAGGGGAACCUUGGCCUUCUGGAGUCUCCUCGGCGUGUGGCGGGAUCCGGGUGCGGGCGGCCCGCCAGCUGGCCAUGGCCUUCACUUUCGCGGCUUUCUGCUACAUGCUCUCCCUGGUGCUGUGCGCUGCGCUCAUCUUCUUCGCCAUCUGGCACAUCAUUGCCUUUGAUGAGUUAAGAACGGACUUUAAGAGCCCGAUAGACCAGUGCAACCCGGUUCACGCGAGGGAGCGGCUGAGGAACAUCGAGCGCAUCUGUUUCCUUCUACGCAAGCUGGUGCUGCCGGAGUACUCCAUCCACACGCUCUUCUGCGUCAUGUUCCUGUGCGCCCAGGAGUGGCUCACCCUGGGGCUCAACGUGCCCCUGCUCUUCUACCACUUCUGGAGGUACUUCCACUGUCCGGCGGACAGCUCCGAGCUGGCCUACGACCCGCCGGUGGUCAUGAACGCGGACACCCUGAGCUACUGUCAGAAGGAGGCCUGGUGCAAGCUGGCCUUCUACCUCCUGUCCUUCUUCUACUACCUGUACUGCAUGAUCUACACUUUAGUGAGCUCUUAAAGGCCGCACACGUCAUCAGAGACGGGACGGCAGAGAGCCGCGGCUGAGAAGUCACAUCUGCUGGCGACUGGAGAAGGGACCGGAGUGGGGAUGUGUGAGAAGGAGACCCGGCCGACACCCACUGACCCAGAACCGGGACAGGCAGCCGCCGGAGGCGGGGCCGCGCCAACCAUGUACCCCAGUCUUCAGCGCUCACACCACACUCGGGUGGCGGACCCCUGCUGCGCAGCGGGGCCCUCCUGAGCAAGAAUUUGUGCUUCCUGGACCCACUCCAUCAAACAACUCCCUGCAAGUUCACUCGGGUUUCCUGGACCGUGGGGGCGGGGGCUGGAAGUCUGGGAGGUGCCUGCUGAGGGAGGGAAAGGCCCAGAGUCAAGGCUGAGUUGGGGGACCCGCUGUAGGCCUCCCGAACGGACGCUGUGUGCAGCCCCAGGCUCUGGCGUUGCUUCCAGGCCAUGUCCACACCCUUCACCUCUGGGGAGGGCCUGGGGGGGUGCUGGCCGCUGCCUUCAGCUGUGACCAGCCUUGAGCUUGAGGGGUGUCUGUGCUCCACCCUGCUUUGUGAGAGCCCAGCUCAGCGCCGUCUGGAGCUGGGUGUGGCGCACUGUGUUGGUAAUGAGUGACACCCGCGUCCCAGACGCGGGGCUGGGGGGCCGGGGAGGAGGCAUCCUAGAAAGAAAAAGAUUUUUAAAACCAUUUCCUACAUGUUCAAGGUGUUACCCCCCGAGGCCAUCAUGGGUCACGGAACACGCACACCGCUGUCACCGCCAGUCCAAGGGUCCCCCGCAGCUCCGAGGCCGGGAGGUGCCGGAGCGGCUGCCCGGAGCCGGGGCGUUAUGACACAACACAGCUGCAGCUCUGUCUCGUGGCGCUGCAUCGUCCGUACUGUUCGGUUCCACGUGAGGACACUCCCUGACUUAGCAUUUUCCCUGUGACGCUCUUUCCUCUGUGGGCGGGAGCCGCGCUAGGAGGUUGGACGUGUUGACAAGGCGGAGGUUUUCGCGAUGCUGAGGUUGGGCACGGUGACCAUCGACUUUCUCCCCGCAGCUGCCCUCCUUCCCUCCGUCCGACACUCCCGGGCUGUUCAUGCGCGAGCCCCGCUCCCUUCCGAACCCCGUGGCUCAGGCUUCCAAACCGCGCUGUGGAGCGCACCCUGUGCCGUGUCUGUGAAGCGCAGCGGCAGCCGGGGCGCCCGCCUACCUGGCUGUCUCCUGUCAGCCUCCCUCCUGGCUGGGUGCGUCUCCAUAUGGUGGGUAAGCGGGUAGGUAGAAAAAGCAAAGUUUCCAAAAAGGCAUUUUGCUUCUAAAUAUUCCACGGAAAACAAAUUGCUGACGUGUGCUCGGAGGCCGAGGAUAGAAAACAAGAGCCUUCAAGGGGGUGUUUCUGGAAGCAGGCUUCCCCAUGGCCGGUCCCCUGGGUCCCGGCGGGGCAAGUGUGGGUGGGGCGGAACGUUACCCCUAGGGCUGGUUGGCCCCGCCUUUGACGCCACUCCUGGGAGGAGCCAAUGCCUUCCUCAUCCAGAGAAACGGCGCUGGCGUGCAGGCUGCGCACGGCCAGUCCGACCCCGUGGCCAUCGGACAAAUACAGCUGAAUGGGAUGGGGACGUGGCCCAGGUCCCUUCUCACCACGGAGCUAUUUUGUUUGUUUUCAUACUGGGUUGGCCCAAGAGUUCGUUUGGUUUUUUUCCAUGAGGUGGCUCCGGUAACCCUUAGUUGUCUUUACCUUUAUUCAAGACAAGUGCUUUGUUAGAUCGCAUUGUUGUGGCAGCUGUCACCUCAGCGUGCAUUAAAAAA